CCGUUCCAUGCGUAAGCAAUUACCGGAACAUUUUAGUUUAGCCAAAGAGGACCCCUAAAUGUAAUCUCUCUAUCCAGCCUUUUGUUUUUCCAGAGACCUUACUGCCUAUUGGUUGGGUUAGGUUGUCGUUCUACCGGCGUGAAGGAUUCCGGAUGUGUUUUCCAAUCCGAAGCGUUAUAGUUGUUUUCCUCCUCGUUUCAUUCACACGAUUACCUAUUCAAGUUAGCCGGCAAUAUGUUUCCAGCAUUUAGCUAUAUUUUAAGUUAACAUAAUUUCCGCCUUGCUCAUUUUUAAAUUAUUUGUAGGCUACAUUACAUUUGCGUUGACUUUAGCUAGCCAUUCAACCAGCUACCCGUCUACCUAUCUCGAUAACAAGGUAAUUCAAUUACUUAGCUAAAUUAGCCAGCUAGCUAGCUACACUCUGCUACUUGCUAUCAAGCUAGCAGAAUUGUCGAAUUCAGUUAUCAGCUAGCUACUGUAGCGCUAUAUUAUGUACUGUUGACAUCAGCAGCGGUUUUUCAUUCGUAACGUUACUGCGUAACAAAUAUUAACACAAUUUUUCGAGAUACUAACGCGAAACUUGGGUCGCUAGCUAGCUUGACAACAAUUGUUCAACUUGGUAAGUAAUUCUGUAGCUAAACAACUAAUAGCAAUACCAAAUAACUUGCUAGGCGCAACAGCCGGUGAUAUCGAGUAACUGAGUGCUGGCUUAGUGGGUAAUGUUAGCUAGCGCCUAGCUAAACACAAGACACUUCAGUUCUGACGUUUCCGUAUCCCAUAUAUGGAAUAUAACCUAUUAAUGUCAUGUUCUAGACCAUCUUCUCCCUGAAGACCUUGCUUCAUUUAAAGCUACUAGGUAACCGACAAGAAAGUUCAUUUUCGAAGAGAAGCUGAGAGGGGUUGUUUUGCUAACGCUAGCCAACUAGCAUGUUACCCAUUUUUAGCUGUGUAAAGUUAGCCAGCUAACGUUGCAAGUGUGGCCGAAUUAUACUUUUGCCCAGGAGCUCUGUAACGGCUUGUGCUGUGUUUAGGAUGUUGAGAUGGAUGAGGAACAGCAGGACAGAGAGCAGCCAGAGACGGUGAGGUGCAGUCAUCCAGAGUCUGACUGUAGCCCUGAUGCGACCGAUUCUCUUGAUGCUGCUGCUGCUGCUGCUGCCAUUUCUUCUCAUGAUCCCAGCCUGAGCGAUCGGGACUGCGGCACCGAGGGUCCGUUUCCUGGCAAAUCGGCGGGUAUAAAGAUUAUUAGCUCCACCAAUGGACCGGUGGAGCCGGAUCUGCAAGGCCCGGGAGGGGAGGGGCCAUCAGAGAGAACGGCCAAUCAUAGCGAAGUAAGCGUGGGGGAGGUAAACGGUCGGAGCCGGCCGGAAGGUGCUGAGGAUGAGGAGGACCGGCCAGAGGACGUGUCCGACUCGGCCUCCACGGACAACACCCUGGAGGACUCCAGCGAGUUUGUGGUGACGGUCCUGACCCGGGCGAGCCUGGAGGACCAGGCGGACGGGCCCUCCUCCGAGCCCAGUGGCCUAUCGCAGACACCCCCGCCGUCCAAUCAGGACGAAGAUGUGACGGCGGAGAGCUGGCGUCAGCACCGGAAGCACGUCUUCGUCCUGAGCGAGGCCGGCAAGCCCAUCUACUCCCGCUACGGCAACGAGGAGGCGCUGUCCUCCACCAUGGGGGUGAUGAUGGCCCUGGUGUCCUUCGUGCAGACCGGGGACAACACCAUCCGCUCCAUCUACUCCGAUGAGCACACGGUGGUGUUUAUGCAGCAGGGCCCCCUGGUGCUGGUGUCCGUGUCCUGCAGCAGGCAGUCGGAGCAGCAGCUGCGAGCCGAGCUCCUCUACGUGUACAACCAGAUCGUCAGCAUGCUGACGCAGGCCAGCAUCAACCGCAUCUUCGAGCGCAAGAAGAACUACGACCUGCGGCGCCUGCUGGCCGGCUCGGAGAAGAUCCUGGACGGGCUGCUGAACCUGGUGGACUCGGACCCCAGCUUCCUGCUGUCGGCCGUGCACUGCCUGCCCCUGGCCUCGGCCCUCAGGGACUCCCUCAGCCAGAUCCUGCAGAAGGCCAUCACGCCCAACCUGGUGUUCUCCAUCCUCAUCGCCAAGCAGCAGCUGCUCACCAUCGUGCAGGAGAAGACGGUGAUCGAGGACGCGCGGCUGGAGCCCGCCGACCUCCACCUGCUGCUCAACCUCAUCGGGGCGUCCUCCGCCUUCCAGGCGGGCGAGAUCUGGACCCCCAUCUGCCUCCCGCUCUUCAACCCCGACUGCUACUUCUACGCCUACAUCUCGUACCUGGACCCGCCGGACUGCACCGUGUGCCUGCUGCUGCUCUCCACGGACAAGGAGGCCUUCUACGCCGUGGCGGAGUGCAAGCGCAGGAUCGACGAGGGCAUGCGCGCGCAGAACGCCCUGAGCUCCAUCGCCAAGGCCCACUCCUACAGCGCCAGCCAGGUGGGCGUGCCCGACCUCCGCCACUUCAUGUACAAGCCCUUCGACGUGCCCGACAACCACCGGCAGCUCACCCAGUUCACCAGUCCUGAGAUGGAGGCUCCAUACAGCAGUGAGGAGGAGAGGAGCAGGCUGCUGGAUCUGUACCGCUACAUGCACAGCCGCAUCCACAGCUCCUCCCGUCCCCUCAAGCUCAUCUACCACGUGGCCGAGAGAGAGACUCUGCUGGCCUGGGUCACCGGUAAGUUUGAGCUGUACACCUGCUUCAGCCCUCUCGUUACAAAGGCCUCGGCCAUAAACGCCAUCACCAAGCUCUUGCGCUGGAUUAAGAAGGAAGAGGAUCGCCUCUUUAUCCGGAGCCCCCCCAAGUACUCCACCACCCCCAACCCCAGCAAGAGCUCCCGCGGGAGCAAGGGCGCUUCUGAUAGGCCGGAUGGCUCUGACAAUGGCUUCCUGUCCCUGUUGUAGCGCCCCGGAUUCCUGCCGCCACACACACCAGCCAGCAUCACAGGCCAAGCCUCCACAGUGUUGGGUUUGUUUUCAUUAACAGAUAAAUAGCUGAUUACCACAUGUAUGAAGGUAUAUAUAUAAAAAAAAAAAGGUACAGUACCACCCUUUGGGAAUUUGCAUCACAAGCUUCCAUAGCCUUGUUGGGACAUCAUGAAGUUGACCGGGUUGUGCAUUUACUAGGUAUUUGGUGAAUGGAAACGAUUUACAUUAGCUUGUAGUAUUAAAUUUUCAAAGACUGACUUUGACCCUUGGAAAUGUUGAAUAUUAUAGCAAGUAUUCAGGUUUGUUUUGAUAUGAUUUUUUAUGAAAUUGCACUACUGUUCACACCUGGUAUUCAGUGGUUUCACUGUCGAGGACCACAGAAUACGGAUAAAGGCUUUAAGAUUAGCUUAAAAAUGUAUGUACCAUACCAAUGUGAGAAAAGGCAACAUUUUUAUGGGAACACCAACGGCUUAUUUUUUUGUUAAAAAGAUAUGCUCUUAUGUGUUUUAAUAGACAACUACACACAAAACCAUUGCGCAAUACUUGCUAAUGCAUCUUUAUUUAAGAUCCUGAAUGUGGUGUAAAAGCAUUUUUUGCUUUUAUGCUUUUCACAUCUUCAGAUUUGUUCUGAUCUGAUUCUGUUGGUGUGCAUAGGUGGUGCUUUUUUAAGCUGUGAUGAGGGCGGACUUCAUUAAAGAAAGACCUGUGAUUUUUUUAUUUUUUUUCCCUCUACCUAAAUUGAGUUAAAUUUGUCAUUAUUGUUGAACAGUGAGUCUGCGUUACAUAUGAUGUCUUAAAUUGCUUCAUUCUGCAGUGCAGAAAUGUUAGUCUUCAGUUUGUAAAAGUGAGGUAUCUUUAUACCUCUGGUUGGAAGAAAAAAAAAUGAGGUUGCAUGAAUGAAAGCUGCUUGGAACACCACCCUGUUAAUCAGACCUCAGUCUCCAGUCUCAUCUCAGUUUAAAACCACUGUUUUAUGUUGUGGGAAAGGGUUUGAAUGUAGCGAUAUUUAACUGUACUCAUGGAGUAAUAUGGGAGUAUUUCUUUGGGUCUGUCAUUUUUACUGCGUCCGAGAGGAAACGUGGUGUUUCAUUAAGUUUGGAAUGACAGCUACGCCACUGUAAGUUUUAUAAAAAUCUUUGGUGAACACGUCUGAAAAAUCCACACUUGCUGCCAGAUAUGCGUGUGCUUUCAGUGCUUAUGUGCGCGUUUGCAUACGCUCAUGUUUGCUCAUUUCAGGUCCUUUUUCAGAAAUAACGCUGGCUUCUUUUCAACCUUUCUCAAUAACAUGAGACCAAAAUGUCUGCUUUCACUUUUAUCCUGACUUGGACAAUCCAGGGAGUAGCCUGCUUGAAAGGUAAAAAUGUAAAUGGUGAAUGUGUGGACUACUGAAAUAAAUCUCCCCUGUUCCCCAA